AUGAUGUUAGCAAAGCGAAAAAAGCCUGUUCCUGUUGUUCCUGAGAAUCAAACAGUAACUAUUAUUUCUACGAUUGCCGCCCCGGCAGGCACACCGAAUCCUCAACCCUCACCGAACCCAUCACCAAACCCGUCACCGAACCCAUCACCGAACCCAUCACCAAACCCACCCUCAACUUCACCCUCGCCAAACCCGCCACCCUCAGCUUCACCACAAUCCAACUCGAAUCCUCCUGCUCAACCUGCAGAUUCUUCUUCCACUCCUCCCAAAUCCACUCCAGGUGACAACACUUCUCCAAAAAAUACUGCCACAAACACGCUAAGCAAUUCCAAUCCAACAACAACCAGUAUUGGCAGCCAACAAGAAUCUUCAGCGUUUACACUACCAACUUCAACAAUAACCUCAUUUAACUCAUCAUCACCCCCCACGAUAACGUCUAUAAUAUCGAGUCUAGAUUCAGACCAUCCACCUGGAUAUGUCUACUCGCUCGCAACAGUAAUAGGAGGAAUGGUUUUGUUGGCCAUUGUGGUGGCAUGUAUAUUUUGCUACAAGCGGCGAAACGGAGAGAAACGUGAUAUGGGUUCCUUUGAUGCGUUACUCACAACAAUGACAGGCUCCACUCGACCCCCAUCAUAUAAUGAUGGCCUCAUUCCAUCGUCUCCUGGUACAUCCGUUGUUCACAUAGAACCGACGUCUCCCGAUCUUGAUUUGUUGGAGAUGGGGUCAAUCUAUAAACCACCAGCAACAUUGCCCAGGGAGAGCAUACAUAUUGAUGCCCUCCCUCCAGUAAACUAUAACCCAGUAGAGCACGAGUAUGAAAACGAUUGA